AUGAUGCCUACGGAUCCUCAACAACAGCAGCCCUUGGACCCACAGACGGGUGAUACACGACGAAAACGUGCCAAAAUCGUCAGUGCCUGUAGUGAAUGCAGACGGAAAAAGACCAAAUGCAAUGGAGAAAUCCCUUGUAAAAACUGUGCAAAAUCCGGCGUUAGGUGUGAAUAUCCAACAUUGAAUAAUGAAGAUAGGCGCAAUGCCCCUACCAAGGCAGCAGUGGAGGCGAUAGAGGAUAGACUCAAAACAAUUGAAGGAAUGCUUCGUACCAUCCUAGAAAGUGGCUCAGACCCAGCUUCUGCGUUAGAUAAAGAUUCUAUGAUGCAGUUUCUCAUCAAAGACCGUUCUACUUCAAAACCCGUUGACCGUCCGGCGUCCUCUUCAUCAUCUUCCUCCCCAUGGUCGGUCACUUCAAGACGUGAAACAAAAGCUUUUACACAGGAACCCCGCCAGAGGCAUCAUUCUAUGACCACCGCUAUGUCUGCCUCAUCUAAUUACGCUCCGCCUCCCUUGGCGGCCAGCAUGUCAUCUAGUACGUCAGCGCGAGAUUAUUAUUCCUCAUCGUCAUAUCAAACGUUUGCCUCUGCCUCUGCUGCCAUGCGACGCGCCUCAGUGGAUUAUAAGCCUACCAUGGAUCAUCCGCCAGCUCGAUCACCACCCAUGCCUACUGCGGCCACCGCGACCGAAGAUAUCAUGGAAGGUUUAGAAUCCGUUCAACCUCGUAAACGCGAAGUUCGGCUCCCCUCCAUUGCGGAUCUAGCUGGCCAACAAUCGUUUUCGUUAUCAUCAUCUGCUGCCGAAGAAGCUCUUUCAUCACAACAGCUUCCUCCUCUCAGCGUCCAGGAAUAUCUAUUUGGUAUUUAUUUUGAUCACGUUUAUAUGUUCAGUCCCGUCGUUGACCGACGGGACUUGGAAAUGAAAUUGAAAGUCAUACGACAGCAAAGCAGUGCCGACAAUUCUCAGCCGCCUUCAACAUUGUCUUCCUCCGCGGCGUCGUCGGUGUUAUUGUUGGCGUACUCCAUGAUGGCCGUUGCUUCUGAGAUCAUUCCCUCUCACAUCACUCUUCCACUAUUUUCUCAUAAUGAGUACGUUCGUCACAGUGCAGAAGUGUGCAGCAAACAUUUUUUCGACCGUGCCAUGGCUCUUGCCGAUACCCUUCCUACCAAUCAGCUAUCGACCAUCUCAGCUUUGUGUAUUCUCUCGCGUUACAUUGGCAAAAAUGACCAAAAGCAAGUGGAUUUAACCAUGUCUCUACUGUCACGAGCUAAUCGAGCUGCCAUCUCCUUUGGUCUUCACAUGGGAGAAAUGGUGGACCAAAACUGGGAAGACCCAAGAGAAACCUUGUUGCGGAAAAAACUGUUUUGGUCCAUCUUCUGUCAUGAACGCCUCUUGGGUGGCUUACAUGCACGUCCCUUUGAAAUCGAAGAAGAUGAAAUUUAUGUGGAUAUGCCUGACCGUAACAGCGAAGCACCGGUCGCGUACUAUUUAGAAAAAGAAGAGACGAAGAAGCGUGAAAGCAAGCGAGUUCUUCCCUACAUGAACCAACCCUACCUAGACGACAUGCUGAAAACCACCAUAGAAAAAAUAUACGAGGACAUGGAAACCGAAGUAGGCACAGUGGAUUUCUUUUUGACCUAUAUCAAAUUGGUCAAGUUGAUGGGUCGGGUGGUCAAGCAUAACAAUGCCCAAGGCUCCAGAGGCGAUUUUUGGCCCGUCAAUACGUUGCAUCGAGCUCUCACCAAUUGGAUGACCGGGCUUCCCCGAAAAUAUCAAUGGUCACUUACGGAAACCUAUAGCACGGAAUCCCGUGCACCGGUUCAUGUGCAGUUACUCCAUUUCCUAUUUCAUAUGACCAUGCUCAUACUUCAUCGACCACAUGCCAUUGGGCGGUCCCGCCAAGAAGUCUCAUACCAGCAUUAUUUCGAAAGCUCCAAGUCGAUUAUUCUUCAUGGUGAUGCACUCAGCACAAAUGAUGCCAACGUUUGUUAUAAGGAUAUCAUUUUUCAGCAAGCCCUCGUUUGUGCUACGAGAGCACAGUUGGAUCUUUUAGGUAGCAUUGUACGACAGUCUAGUGUCACUCCGUCAUCGUCUACUUCGGAAGUGGAGAAUUUGGCUGUGAAGAGUGUGAGUCAGCUCAAGGCUAUGGUGCUUGCAUCCUCCACAGCAUCGUCGUCCGAAGCUGCCAAAUCCAGAGACGACAUCAACAUUCUAUACUCGGCGGUGGUGACACUUGAAAACGACCUGUAUGCACUAAUCAAGAAAUACAGACCUGACGACGAGCGGGUUGGUGUUCCCAUGAGUCCAGAACACAAGCGGGAUCAUGAUUUCAUGGAAUCGGUAUCGGAGAGCAGCUCCCCGGCACAAACUCCGGAACACAAAAUGGAACGGCCGAUGUUAACUCCCCGUUCUCCGCGAAUGAAGUUGGCACAAAUCCAACAGCAGAAGCAACAACAGCGUCAAUCAACAGGACCUUCAUUGAUGUCGCUGGUCAAUGGUGGACGGGCCUUCGGAUCGGAUGAUGGCAAAUCGUUCGAAUUUGUUCCGGCUGUUUUCAAUGCUGCUAGUGAAGACAGUGGAUUUCAUCAACAUUCUGCCAAUGGACGCAUGUCUCCACAACCUGGUCUAUUGUCGCCUUCUAAUUCCUCCUCUUCAGCGAAUCAACAGCCCUCCCAUCAGCAACCAAGGAGCUUAUUUCAAAUGAUUUUAUCGUCUGAUCGAACACCAUCUCCUUCCAAUCAUCCAUCCGCCGCAUCCAUCAUGACCCCUUCGUAUUCUACUCCCACUACUUCUGUUCAUUACCCUUUUGACUCUAGUCCAUCAUCGCAUGUCACCGACUUACUGCAUCCACGACCACAGUACAGCGAACGUGGUUCACCAGAUCAUUAUUCAGACACUCGCAGCAGUGCUCAUCCAACGUCACCGUCUGGCUCAGAAGCAAGUCGUUCCACCGAUGCCAACUUAGAUCAACCCAUGUCAUUAUAUCACCUAGCUGCUGCUGCUGCUGCUGCCGCCGCUGACCGAGAAGGAUCAAACGAAUCAUGA